AUGAACUCAAUGCAUGGGAGUGUCAUAUCAACUUUGGCAGACUUGGUGAAACAGGGCAGGUUCCAAAUUCAAAAGGCCUAUGUCCAGUUAAUGCCUCAGCAUCCCAAAGUUAGCUGGAAAAGCAUUCAUCUACACACACAGAUUCAUCUACGGUUCAAAUUUUACAUAUGGCUGGCCAUUCAUCAGAGAAUAGCAACUGUGGACACACUUCUCAAGUUUGGGAUUCAAGUACCACCUGAUUGUGUAUUCUGUGCAGGUACUAUGGAAACAUUGGACCAUUUGUACUUUGAAUGCCCACACACUAGAUUAUUAUGGGAUAGAAUACUGAAAUGGCCGGGAACUACAAGAAUAAUUGAAAGUUGGCAGGAUGAGAUAGCAUGGAUCAACAGUAUAGCCAAAGGGAAGAAUGGAAAAGCAGAAAUCACUACAGCAGCAUUUGCUAUGGUAGUAUACUGUAUUUGGCGAGAAAGAAACUCCAUCAGAUUUCAAAAGCGUCGCUACAUGGUGGAUGAGACAUGCAAGGAGAUAGCUCUACAUAUGCACAUACAGGGGAGAUCAAAGAUCAAAUGGCAACAAGCUUUACAAAAUGUAAAUAGUUAUCCUUAG